AAUAAACCUAUUGCUGCUAACCGGGCUAGUUAUGGAACCAAACCCUAAAUACUCCUUUUGCCAACUGUGACCGGUUAAUAGUGGCUUUCCCUGCAUGCAGCGUGUCUGUCUGGGAGAAAGGCACGGGAACCGUUUGGAUUUUCGGACCGUCUCUGUUCUUUUAAAAGUCAAGUUGAAGACGCCAGCCAGGAGAGGCUUUCAUUAGCUAGCCUAUCUGCGAGCUAGCUGAUUGAGCUAACCGUAGCCUAGCAAAGAAGCACUGGAUGAAGUUCGCAUGGACUGACUGCUGCGAAUGGGAGAGUAGCUUGCUGCCUGACCGCAAGCUUUCUUUUGGGCUGGGUCCUUCACAUGGGAGUCUAUUGUUGCUUAAUGGACGCUAUCGCCUCAGAGCUUGAAGGCGAUAACUGUGUGCAAAUGUUGUUUUUGUGGCUUACGCCAUCACGUUAUUGAUCUGGAAAUCCACUGGCAAGCUAACAGGAUAUUAGCCACCUUUCUCACCACUCCGCUUUGUGGUUGCAGGCCAUGGACUGAGAAGCAUUCAUCACUGAGUGAGUGAUGAGAAGGCUGGCUUGAUGGCAGCUAAUUAUUUAUUGGGAAGCAGCAAUUGGAUACAACUAAACGGAGAAAAGAAGGGUUUGAUUUGAUCGUUCUGCCUCAUCAGUUCAACUCCUGUUUUGUCUUUUUACUUGAAACUUGAAAUGCAUCGGGGUGCUGGAGCUUUGUCGAAUCUGGGAUAGAAGAGACGCACAAGAAAACAGCGGGAUUACAGCUCCACUGUUGACAAAAGUCCUCCAGAGAAAUUACUGCAGAGAGUUUAAACGGAGCUGAAAUAUAAUGUCUACCGCAAAAGAAAACCCUUGUAGGAAAUUCCAGGCGAACUUCUUCAACAAAAGCAAAUGUCAGAACUGCUUCAAACCACGGGAGCUGCAUCUAUUGACAGACCAGGAUUUGACCCAGGCUAAACCUAUUUAUGGUGGAUGGCUAUGCUUGGCCCCUGAGGGAACAGACUUUGACAAUCCUAUGCAGAGAUCCCGGAAAUGGCAAAGGAGAUUCUUUGUGCUGUACGAACAUGGCUGCCUGCGCUUUGCCCUGGACGAGUCGCCGAGCACUCUGCCUCAGGGCACCGUGAACAUGAACCUCUGCACAGAUGUCAUCGAUGCUGAGCCCAAGACAGGCCAGAAGAACUCCCUGUGCAUCAUCACGCCAGACCAGGAGUACUUCAUCAGAGGAGAGAACAAAGAGAUCAUCAAUGGGUGGAGUGAGCAGCUGGUCGUUUACCCCCGAACCAACAAGCAGAACCAGAAGAAGAAACGCAAGGUGGAGCCUACGACCUCCCAGGAGCCAGGUCCAGCCAAGGUAGCAGUGACUGGCUCUGGGAUCCCUGAGGCUGAGAAGGUUCCAGACUCCAGCUCCAUAAUCUGGCAGGAGGAGCUGAACCAGAGGGAGGCUGAGGGGGCUGCAGUCUGGGCCACGGCAGACCUGCCCCCAGGAUCACCACUGCCCUCCACAGGUGACUGCGCAUCUGUGGGCCAUGGCUCAGACGCAGGCUCUGUGAAUGGUGACGAGGUAGAACGGGGAAACCUGCCGCUGCACAGCUCUGUGCCACAGCCGCCCAGCGACCUGCUCUCCCCCACAGGCUCCUGCUCCAGCCUGGGAGGAGUCCCACGCUGCCUCUCCCCAGCCCCCAGCGACCCCUUUCCCUCCGGCAGCUCCCUGCUCUCCAACGGGUCCCACAUCAGCGGCUCGGUCAGCUCUCUGGACUCGGACGCCAGCGGCAGCACAGUGACCAGCACCGACAGUCACCCGGCCACUCAGAGGGCUAGCCACUCCUACAGCCACCACGACACGCCGCGAUCCAGACGGCUGGAGGCCGAGGCCAGAAAGGCUGAGAAGAGGAGCCGGUUUAGGAGUCCUGACAGGCAGGAGAGGGAGGCCGUCCUCAGCCCCGAGAGGAGUCGCUCCGGUGUCAUUGAGAAGUUGGAGGCCUUGGAGCUGGAGAACCAAGAGAAAAUGGAGGUGGAAGAGUCGGGGAGAAGUGGAGCCAGACAGGGCCGAAGUGAGCACAGACGCUUCCACAGAGAGGGCCAGAGGCAUGACGCUGGUCAGGGCCUGGAUUUCCCCUCUACCCUGCCCCCUCUGAGGAGAGCCAAAUCCUUGGACCGAAGGACGACCGAGUCAGUCAUGACGCCGGAUUUACUGAACUUCAAGAAAGGCUGGAUGGUGAAGCUGGAUGAGCAAGGCCAGUGGAAGAAAUACUGGUUUGUGCUGACGGAUCACAGCCUCCGAUACUAUAAGGAUUCAAUAGCAGAAGAGGCCUCUGACCUGGAUGGUGAGAUUGACCUGUCUACUUGCUACAGUGUAACCGAGUACCAGGCUCAACGCAACUAUGGUUUCCAAAUACAUACCCAGGAGGGAGUGCACACACUGUCCGCCAUGACAGCAGGUAUACGCAGGAACUGGAUCCAGGCAGUCAUGAAGAACGUCAGACCAUCCACUGCACCUGAUGUGGCGAGCUCAACUGAGGAUCAUGGCUCCUUCUCUCCUUUGGAAGGUCUGGUAAGGCCAGACGUCACCCAGGACUCACCCUCCUCUGAGGCCUCCUCUGUAGAGAGAGAGUGCGCUCCGGGAAUCAUAAAGAGCCGGGCGCGUGAGCGUAGACGAGAAGGCCGGUCUAAAACUUUUGACUGGGCGGAGUUCAGACCCAUCGCUCAGGCUCUGGCUCAGCAGCGUGCACAGGAGGCCGAAAGCCUCCACGCAGACUUGGGAGAGCUCGAGCGGAGUCGGAGAAGGGAGGAGAGGCGGAAGAGGUAUGAGUCUGUGACCACCUCAUCGGCAGAGCAAGCAUCCGUUAAAGAAGGAGGGAGGACAGAUUAUGAGAGUGGAGAGGGAGUCGGACACUUAGAUUCAUUAGGUUCCACGCCUUUGGAGAGAGAGAGGGUGGAGGAGGCAAUUGAACAACACUGGCGACAGGUGGAGAAGACGCCCAUACGGGAGGAGAGAAGGGUACCUCUGCCCACCACAGUGCAAUCCAGGGAGACUGCAGAGCUGGAGCACCUGUUGGAGAGUUACAAGCAAGGGAUAGAGGACUUGAAGUCACAGUUGGAGAGCUGUCACCAGCAGCUCCUUGACUCCAACAAGCACAAGCAGGAGCUGGAGCUCCAGCUGAGAACGGCUCUGGAGAGAGAGCAGGACAUACGGACAGGUUACAUCUCUCCGCUGGAGCACCCUUUGGUUCUGGAGGCUGAUGUGACGCCCCAGACGAAGAGGCCUGAACUGGUUAGUUCUCAAGCACAGAGUUUAACAAAGAAGUACCAGGAGACCAAAGAGCUCCUGAAACUGCAAGAGCUGAAAAAGCGCAACAUGCAGGCACAGCUUGGCCUCUCGCUUUCUCACCUCCCCAUCAAGGAUCCUUACUUUUCUGAACCCCCAAACCCAUCUGUUCUGGAAGGCUCUCCCCCUGAACCUGUCCAAAAAACUGUUAGUGUCUUGCUCCAGGACAGCUCAGAGGCAAUUCAAGAACUAGAAGACUUGAUAACUGGCAAAUCCCUCACUCUAACAGAGCUGGGCAAAGUCUUGAAAUCCCAUAGCUGUAAUCAAGAGACAACAGAGAAGUAUCAACUUCAGAAGCUCUUGGAAACCUGGAAGUAUCAGCAGGAGAUUGAAAAUGAAAUGAUAAAAAAGAGUUUAGCCAGGGCAGGAGAAAGCAUUCGUGAAUACGAAGCCCGUCUUCUAACCAUGGAGGAUUUGGUGGGGAAGGUUCAGAAGCAAAGUUUUGAAAGUCUAAAAAGCCCCUAUGGUCCCUGCUCGAAAAUUGAAAACCACCCAGAGACAAGUGAGAUGACGAUUGGAAUGCUUUCUCAAAGGGUUGAACUUUUAACAAAUGAAAAUGGGGCAUUGAAACAGCGAUGUCAGGAAAUAGUGAACCAGCUGACUGAGGCUGACCGAGAAAUAGACAGACUGAAAGCUGAACUGAUCAGCCAGCAGGGCAGCAAACAGCAUAAACUGGCCAUGGAAGAGUUGAAAAGACUAAAGGCUGAACUGGCCGAAAACCAAGCUAACGCCAUAGACAGGGAGUAUUAUGAGAGGGAGCUGAAUGAGAAAUCUUUGCGGCUCCAUGAGGCUCUUGUUACAUUGGAGGAGCUUGGCAACACCCUUAAAGACACUGAGAAGAAGCUGCAGUUGAAAGAGGCCACACUGAAAGGUCUGGGCUUCCAGACAGAUUAUGAGGACGAGGACAUACAGCCAGAGAAAGAGCAACUCAAUGAGCUACUGGAAGCCUCGCAAGCAAAGAUAUUUGAGAUGGAGGCAAACCUGCAGUCUGCAGAGCAGCGCUGUAUGGACCUGGAAGCUAGGAACAGGGAACUAAUCGCACUAAACCAGGAAUCUGAGCAAGUCAGUAGAAAGAAGUUAGCAGAAGCAGAAAAAGAAAUAAGAACGCUACAAGAGAAGUUAGAAUUGAAGACAGGUAGAGUUGAAAUGAUGGUUAGCGAGUGUGCUGAAGCAGGGGAAAAGCAGGUUGAUGAUAAAGGACUUACAAAGCAAGUUGUAGAAGAGGUUGAGAUGAAAGCCAAGGCAAUUAAUCAGGUUGUAGAGAUGUUAGCAAAGGUAGAUGUUAAUGUAGAGAGAAUGCUAAGUGGUUUAAAAAGCACUUUAUUUGGUUCUUCGAAAGAGGAGCCACUGUGUGUGCGUCCAGAAGACAUGAGAUGGGUAGUUGAGGGAGAGUUCUGGAGCCAGCUGUUGAGCACCUCUGAAGAGGAACCCGGACAUAGCAGUGGAAGGGCUGUGGCAGAACAGAUGAUGGCACAGAAACGCUUGAUGAUCUUGGUUAGUGGGAUUUGCUCUCAAGCAGAAGUCAAGAGUGAGAUAGUGACAGAGCCAGAUUUUGCAUCUGUGUACAGCUGGCUUGACAAUGAAACAAAUGCUCUGAUUCUAAAAGAGUUAACGAAGACCUUGGAGGCAAAGUCAAAUAGUUUGAAGCAGAUUGCAUCUGGGGUGAUGCUGGAUAACAAUGAGGAGCUCCUGCCUUUGGCUCUAGCAAGCUUUGAGUUUGGUAGUGAGCAGAAACAGACCUCUGAAUAUUUGCUCGAAGCCCUCAAAGAAACAUACAUUUCUUAUGUGAUGAUUAGGCUGAAGGUUCAGCAUGAGAGAGAGCUAAAGCAAAAGUAUACAGAAGUUCAGAUCGGUAGCUUGGACUGUCCAAAUUGUCCUAAAUUAAGACAAGCUGCCAGCGAUCUCCAGUCUAAACUAGAAGAUCUUCAGACUCAACUAUCCGAGGCUUCUUUAAAAUCCGUGACAGGGCCACAAACUUUGAUCCAGAUUGAAGGAAAGCCCAUUGAUUCGUUGGAUAAAGCCAUUGAGCUUCAGGACAUGAUAGCAAGGCACAGGAAGGAGCUCAGAGAGGUCAAAGACCACUAUGAGCAGGAAGCUGAAAAGAUGAGGCUGGAAAUAGCUAAGGCCAGUGAAACACUGCGACUCCGUUCGGAAGAAAACGUUAAAGAGAUCGACUCAUUGACAAACUGCAUGGAGAACCUCAAGAAGAAGCAUGAGAUGGAAAGGACAAACCUUGUGGAGAGGUUUGACCGGGAAAUGGAAGAGCUGAGAAGCAUGAUGAGUCCGGUCAACCCAGACAGGACCUUGACAGAUGAGGAUGCACCAUUGCAUCACGGUUCGGCCCAAACUUCGACCCUGAAAGAGCGCAUUCAAGAGCUGGUGACCCAAGUCUCAGUCAUGACUGAAGAGAUGAGACGACGCGAAGAGCAGGGCGACAUUACAACCCAGCGGCUGAAAUACGAGAAAGACCUGGAAAACCUGAAGGCCACUUGUGAGAGGGGCUUUGCCGCCAUGGAGGAGUCUCACCAGAAGGUCAUAGAUGAGCUGCAGAGGAAACACCAGAGAGAACUGGAGAACCUGCAGGAGGAGAAAGAGAGGCUGCUGGCAGAGGAGACAGCAGCCACCAUCGCUGCAAUUGAAGCGAUGAAAAACGCCCACCGGACAGAGCUGGAGAAGGAGCUGGACAAGGCUCGCAAGGCCAACAGCAACGCAGAGAACGCAGACUUGGAGGAGAUCCACAGACAGCACGAGGAGGAGCUGUGUUCAUUCCAGCGGGAGAUCGAGGUGCUGUCAGAGCAGUAUUCCCAAAAGUGCCUGGAAAACGCCCACCUGGCCCAGGCGCUGGAGGCCGAGAGGCAGGCCCUCAGGCAGUGUCAGAGGGAGAACCAGGAGCUCAACGCGCACAACCAGGAGCUGAACAACCGUCUGGCAGCAGAGAUCACAAAGAUGCGUUCCAUGACGUCUGAGGAUGGAGUGGGAGACUCAAACGCCACGAUACAGGGGAAGGAGCUCUACGAGUUAGAAGUGAUGCUGAGGGUGAAGGAAUCUGAGGUCCAGUACCUGAAACAGGAAAUCAACUCCCUGAAGGACGAACUCCAGGCUGCCCAAAGAGACAAGAAAUAUGCAACAGAUAAGUACAAGGACAUCUACACAGAGCUGAGCAUUGUAAAGGCCAAAGCGGAGCGGGAUCUGGGCCGGCUCAGAGACCAGCUGCAGCUGGCACACGAGGCACUGGGGGAGUCGUCGCUGGAGGAGGUGGAGCGAGGGGGAUAUGAUAUCAUGAAGUCCAAAAGCAACCCCGACAUCCUCAAGAUGGCGGCUGCUGCAGCCAAACGCUCAGAGCGCACCAUGAGGUCGAAGAGUCUGAAGGAAGGGCUGACAGCUGAGCAGAGACUUCACCUGUUUGAAAAUAAAGACACAAAGGAGUUCUGACAGUGACGCAUAGUGUCUGCCUACCUUGCUGCAUGUUUAGAAGCCCACUAUAUUUUAGCUCUGUAAUUACUUAUUUAGUAACACCACACACUGGUCACAAACACAGAUCAUAUAUUAUUAUUAAAAAAAAAAAAAACAUGGUAUGAAGUUUGAAUUUCAUGUCUAGAGUUUGCAUUCCAUGCACUUCAGUUAACUGUGACAUUUUUUUUUGUAUUGUUUAUUUUUUGCUGCCAUGUCUUUACUGUAAAUACUGUUUUUAAUUGAGCAUCUGUCAUGCAUACACUAAAAACUAUGACUGUGUAAGCUACUGUUUUAACUCUCUAGACUGUUGCUAGCCAAAGGCAUAAAUGUGAUGUUGAAAUGGCUAAAUACAACUACAUAUUUGAGUGAGUAAUACUCGCAUAGCAAAAAGCAUAGGAAUGAGCCUGGCGUUCGGGUCUGCACGUUAACGCUCCAUCACUCCGUUGUCAUUCCAGCGCAGAUGGAGGUGUCGCUCAGUAAACAAGCUGUGGAACAAAAGUGCUCGUCUGCAUUAGAAAACAAGAACCUACCACGUUGCUUCAGCGCCUGACUUUAAAUUAACAUCAGAUAGAUGCUCUCUGUAAUUCUCGGAUCGAAUAGAGAUGCAUGUCUAAAGGGGACAGCUGAAUGCAUAUGGAUGGGAUUCACUGACUAUAAUUUAAAUAUAUAUAUGAAAAUUUAUAUAGGUUUUUUUUUCCUCACUGCAAUCAUCGGUCCAGCUGUAUAGGAGUUGUCGGAGUUGGUUUAUGUUUGUAGUCUUGUUCAGUGGCAGUCCCUUUGUAUUUAUUUAAAUGGUUGGGAUUUUUCUUUCACAUUCCCAUUCAUCUGUACUCUAUUAUUGUAAAUAUAAAGCAAAUAUACACCAACUGACUACAGGUUUAUUAGCAAUAAAUAUUUUUGCACCCUU